GCUUCCACUCUCGUCUCCGCCGCCUGACGGGCCCCCUGCGCCGCCAUGUCCAUCUUCACCCCCACCAACCAGAUCCGCCUCACCAACGUGGCCGUGGUGCGGACCCGGCGCGCCGGGAAGCGCUUCGAGAUCGCCUGCUACCGCAACAAAGUCAUGGGCUGGCGGAGCGGGGCUGAAAAAGACAUUGAUGAAGUUCUGCAGACCAACACGGUAUUUGUAAACGUCUCUAAAGGUCAAGUUGCAAAGAAGGAAGAUCUCCUCAAAGCUUUUGGAACUGAUGACCAAACAGAAAUCUGCAAGAUGAUUUUAACAAAAGGGGAGUUGCAGGUGUCUGACAAAGAGCGACACACACAAUUGGAGCAGAUGUUUAGAGAUAUUGCAACUAUUGUCGCUGAGAAAUGUGUGAAUCCUGAAACAAAGAGGCCAUACACAGUAAUCCUUAUAGAAAGAGCCAUGAAGGAUAUCCACUACUCUGUUAAACCAAACAAGAGUACCAAACAGCAGGCUUUGGAAGUAAUCAGACAGUUAAAGGAGACUAUGCAGAUUGAGCGGGCUCACAUGAGACUGCGGUUUAUUCUCCCAGCAAAAGAGGGCAAGAAGCUAAAAGAGAAGCUCAAACCACUGAUCAAAGUUAUAGAGAGUGAAGACUUCGAUGAGCAGUUAGAAAUUGUGUGCCUCAUUGACCCAGGCUGCUUCAGGGAGAUAGAUGAACUGAUCCGGUGUGAGACUAAAGGGAAAGGCUCGCUUGAAGUACUCAGUUUGAAAGAUGUGGAAGAAGGAGAUGAAAAGUUUGAAUAAAACCCUUCAUCAACCUCACUUUUGUGGUAAACACUAUUAAGAGGUAGACUUAAGCCACCUCAUUCUGUUACUUUUAUUUUUCCAACUUGUUGCUGCCAAAUAACUGCUGUCACUAGUUCUAUUUGAGAUUUUUCUAUGCCACGUUUCCUUGCAUCUGUCUGGGUAACAAGUGCCUUUUUAUAAAGAGGUGUUUUGAGUGUUUGAUUUGCACUAAGGAUAAAGCUAUAGGAUUUAACAGUGAAAGGCUAUACUAGCUUUUGUUUUGGAGUGGGUAUUGAUUAUCAGUAGUCAUUGGCGCUAUCUAGUGUGCCAAGUCCUUUUCCCUUUAAUUUAGUGGUGGGUGGAAGACUGCAUAUAUCCCAGAGAGGCUUAUUGUGUAUGAGGAGAAACAUGCACAGGCAAAUGAAUUAAAUGAAGUGUCACUUAAACCAGUGCACAGAGUUAGUGUGUAUAAUAUUAACCUUGUUUAAUGGCAACAUAAGUAGGUGUGACCUAGACUGCCACAUGCUACUGCUACAGAACUUUAGCUAUUUUCAAAUAGCAGACCAUUAUUCUAUAUUUUAUUCAUGGGACACAUGCAAAAUAUACAUUCUAACUUGGGGAAAAAGUGUUCUAAUUCAUUCUUUCAACUAUAAAUGAAUUAUAAUAUAUACUUAAAAUAUUUUAUAGGAUCUGGCACAAGUGUAGUAGUCUUCUAUGCUUUUGUGAGGCUGAAGCUGUGCUUCCACAAUCUGCAAAAACUCACUACUAAAAUAAACCUGAUCUAGAAUAGACAAAGGUAUCUGCUCUUUGAGAUUUCCACUGCUAGAAGUUGUAUGUUCCUUUUCUCAUCCAAGAUAAAAGCCAAAAUGCUUUCAACUUCUCUAAUAUCUUCAUUUUAGACUCUUUGUAUGUCUUGCUGAUGUCCACACACACUUUCUAUCAACCAACCUGCUGCAGAAAAUAUAGCACUCUAAACUAUUUUCUUGCUAAAAUUACAGUACAGUUUUUUCAAACUAGAUAGUAUAUGAAUAAUACAGCUAAGCAGCUCCAAGGGAUGCAUUCAUACUUCCUGAGAGAGAAUACAAAAUAGAGGGAAAGAGAAUAAAUGAUACUAACUUGCCUACCCAUCCAUAGAUAGUUCAAGGAUAAACAUGGAGUUUCAAUAGUGCCCCUGUAAUUAAACAACUUCUGACAGUAGUACAAUGCAGCAAAACAUGGAUUAGUUGUUUGGUACAAUUUCUGUUUCCUAGUUUUAGGGGAUGAGCAAGUACGCUGGCCACUUGCUGAUUCCUAGAGGUAAGCUGCAUAUGUAUUUUGUGAUGAAGUUGUCAGCUGUCCUCUGAUUUGAUGCAUACAUUUUCUGCAAAGACUUAGAUGUUCUUAGUUUAACUACAACAAACAUACUGCUAACACAUAAGUACCUAGCAAAGCCCCUCUGUCCCCCUCUCAGGCAUUUACCUUCCCUUUAGUCUUACAGCCUGAGCUUGUUCACAGUUCAGAUUACAGGGGAGGCUAAUAAUAAAUUUAGAAGUACUUAAGUUGCAUUGGAGUUUAAGUCCCACUGAUAGUCAAUGGGAUAUGGGCUCCUUAGUCAUUAAGCAUUUUGAAAAUUGAAAUUACCUGUGUGAUUUUGCUGCUAUGUCUCCUUAUAUGGACACACUAGAUUAAGUGGUUAUACCUAAACUAUGUUAAGACAUUGAUUGUGCUAAUAUUUGAGCACUAAAGAUACUCAUCAGUACUAAUAUCCCAUUGAGAUUAAUAGGCAAUUCAUUGGUUGCAUCUAAUGUUUUGGGUUGCCUGCAGCUUCAGCCAUCACUGCAUCCAUAAUUAGAGCUGGUUUUUCUUUAGUGAUAGAGCUUAACUUCUGAAGAGCAAACUGGGAGCGAGCAGGAGAAUGAGAUGAGUUGUAAUAAUUUAGUAGAAUCCAGUUCACACACUGGCUGAGAGUGGGGGAAGUUUAUCAGCCUGUAAAGCCUUCUCUAGGAUACGGGUGAGUUUUUUCAGGUUUUUUUCUGUAGAGGGAGUUCUUUUUUGAUCUUUUUGUAAUUUAUGUACAGUUGGUUUGUUUAGUAUUUAUGGGUCAAGAAGAAUGGCUGACAAGUAUCAAAACAAACCUUAUUAAAGUUGACUAUCACGUG